AACAUACUGAUCUAAGAAACCUGAAACAUAUGAUGGAGGUACUAGAAAGGCCAGGCCACCCGACCGACCUACAGGCAUUCCUGUACAGACUCUACCAGGAACAUGCUCUCUGUGAUUUCCAGGUGACAUCUACAAGAGAUGGGAAAGUUUUUCAUGCACACAGGGCUGUGCUUUCUGCCACAUCACAAUAUAUACACUCUCAGUCUGUACCGAACAUGGGCAAAACCAGUGUGGAAGUCGAUGCAUGCAGUGACGCAGUUGGCUCAGUCCUGGAGUUCUGUUACACGGGACAGUUGUACGUGUCUGCUGACCAAUGGGAACCAGUCUAUUCUGUGGCUUCCUGUCUACAGGUGUAUGCUGCUUUAGAGCUGAUGAAACAAAAACUGGCUGGAAAUCUAGACUUUCCUUUAGGAGCUAGCACAAUAGAUGUACAAAACGAUUCCCCUGACACUGGCGGUGACGCUAAGGGAGAUAACCUAGAUUACCAUGAGUUAGAUAACCUGACGUCCCAGAUUCUCGACUUGGAAAACUCUGCAGGACUGCAAACUGAGGCUCAUGAUGUAGACCCUGUCCAUGAAAUAUUUCCUAGCAAUGACUCCUCAGUGAUAGGCUCCAACAACUCUUAUAUCACAAGCAAUUUAUCGAAACAAGGUGGAAAUGUCAACGUCACAUGCGGGAAAAGGUCAAGGUCAGGCUUUGGGGGUCAAGAUGAUAACAAUGACCCAAAUUAUGACCCCAGCGUGGAUAGCAAAAAUGGAAAAAGUGCAAGAAAAUUGAACCAUUCAAACAAAGUUAUAACAAAAAGUGGAAGACAGAAGCAGAAGAAAUGUGAUGAUUAUUUAGAAGACAUUCACCAAACAGUAUUUGAAAUUGGUGCCGAUGAAAGUCAGAACCGGAAUGGGUCAUCCAACAAACCUGGAACAAUCUUUCUAACCAUAAGAACUAAGCAGCAGAAAAAAGCUAAUGAUCAAAAUUGGUUGAAAUGUGUUCCUGGUGGGCACAAAGAAAAAGUUCCUGAACUUAAGCAGUUAAAUGGUAUCCCUGAGGGUUUGAAUGAACGAAAAAUAUUCAUUCCAAGUAAAAAUAAUUGCUCAUGUUCUAUUUGCGAUAAACAUUUUGUGUCAUUUUUCUCGCUAAAUAGACAUCAGUUAUUUUAUCACAAUAAACUUUUUCGCAGAGUAAAGGCCCAUAUAUUAAAAUCACAAUCUUUGUUUGACAGAGGUUGGAGGAAUAUUAAAAAAAUACGUAAAUCAGAAAAGAAAAUUUAUCUGUGCACAAUUUGUAACAGGUCUUUUACUAAAUAUGAGUUUGCUAGAUUUCACAUAAAUAACAAACAUUGUAAAGACAGAAAAUGUUUAACUUCCUUUAUUGGAGUGCACAAUAAAAUCAUUCAGAUUCUUAAAGAUUCUGUUAAGCUGGCAAAGAACAGAAAAGCAUUGAACAAAGUCAACGAACAGUUUACGACCCUCCAGUCGAGAGUGAAACGUUCAUAUCAGCGACGAAAAACUGACAAGAGUGUUUUAUGUAAAAAAUGUGGUAGAAAGUUUGCCACAAACAUGUCCAUGCAAGCUCACCUUAAACACAUACAUGGGGUUGUACAAUCGAAGAAUGGCCAAUAUGUGCAGUGGUCAAAGCCUGGAGUUAGGACCUCUGGUCAGAAUGGUGAUAGGACUCGCGGUUUGUUCAGGUGUGUCGACUGUGGUCUCAGUCUCAGCUCAGAUUUGACACUCGUCAAGCAUUUGGAGGUUCGUCAUGGCUACUCACACAGCAAAGCUGUUGCUAGGCAACAUCUACUGUCGACCCCGGUGAUGUGUGACGUUAAGGCCUGCACAUAUUCCACAGGCAGUUUGGAGGAAAUGUCCGCCCACGUGAUAGAGACACACCCUUUUCUCAAAUAUGUGUGCAGCAUUUGUAACCAUGUGUUCAGGGUGCGGUUGCAGCUUGAAAGGCAUGUCCACUCAUGUGAGAGGAGAAAGUCCCACCAGUGUCGUUAUUGUCCCAAAACAUUCCCGAGGCGCGCUGUGGCACGUACACAUGAACACUGGGUUCAUGGUGCUACAUAUGACAAAAUAAAGGUGUAUGCAUGCGAUCAUCCGGGCUGUGAUUACAAGGCCCAUAACUCUUCUGGGCUAAAAAAUCACCAGAGCAAGCAUCGCAAAGACAAGCAGUUCACAUGUCAGUACUGUGGACUCAAACUCAAAACAGCCACGACGCAUGAGAGGCAUGUGCAGGGAGUCCACAUGGGCGUGAGGCCCUUCCUGUGUCAGAUUUGUGGGGUUAGUUUCCACGAGGAGGCCCACCUGAAGGCCCACACCAACUGUAAGCAUGCUGCGGAGCAGCUUUAUGUCUGCAAACACUGUGGGUAUACCACGCCUGUCAAAUGCACAUAUCAAACGCACAUGUUCAACGUCCACAAGGAGAGGGCGGAGGGAGAUAAGCGGGAGGUGUUACAAUGUCCUCACUGUCCCUACACCGCCAUACUGCUGUACCGCUUCAAUACCCACCUUAACACACACACUGAUGCACGAACGUUUUUCUGCGCACCGUGUAAACGUGGAUUCAACUCUGCUGGUGCUCUUCGAAGUCACAAAGAGUGGAUGCAUUCGGAUAAGAUAUACUCAUGUAACCAAUGUGCCUAUGAGACUAAAGCUAGUAAAAAAUUGAACGAACAUGUUCGCGUUCAACAUCAGCUGAAGGGAUUCAAACCGUAUCGGUGUCCGUACUGUUCAUUCACUUGUGCAACGGGAGGUAAUACCCGCAAACACGUGAAGCAGGUUCACAAAGGUCAGCCGGUGACGUAUAUAAGAGACACGGACCUGCUCAUUGCAGCACGAAAGGCCCGAGCUGCCGGACAUUAUUCCUCCAUUGAGGAUUAUAUGGACCCGGCGGGUUCAGGACCUCCCAAUUUAAAGCAAGGACUCACAGACAACCAGCUGCAUAUUGUUAUGUAAAAAUAUUUAACAAUUAAAAACAAGAACUCACAGAAAGUCAAUUGCAUAUGGUGAUGUAAUUUAUUUCUCUCCUUCAACCCAAUUACUGCGAUUUACUUAUGCUAAUGAUUUGUUGUCUGGAAAUAUUUUUUGUUAGAGUUGCGUUAAUAUUAAUAUCUAUCUUGAAUUUCUUAAUGUUUUUGUUGACUGAUUUUGUUCAUUAUUUGUUUAUAAAUAUGCCUGGAAUUUUUUGACUAAUAACAUAUGAUGUCAAAA